AUGUCCAUUGGCAACGAUCAAAAGCAACCUGCACAUGAGUCAGUACCGUCUCAGGACUUGACGAAUCAUGUCCCGCCAACGGAACAGGAGUUGCAUGAUCUCGUCCAUGUAGCAGAUAGCAUACCCAUAGAGGCAUGGCUUGUCAUGCUCGUCGGCUCAGCAGAGCGAUUAGUAUUCUAUGGAGCAUCAACAUGUCUACAAAAUUACCUUCAGUACAGCAGGCGAGACGUGAUACCAGGUGUCCUAGGUCUGGGCCAAGCCGAUGCGACCGCCAUCAAUUACGCCUUCAUGGUCCUGGUGAACUUCGCUCCGGUGCCUAUGGCCAUUGUUGCAGAUGGGUAUCUGGGAAGAUAUAAAUUGAUUGUGAUUAGUACAUUGAUAUAUAUCUGCGGUUCAGCAAUACUAUUCGCAACAUCUCUUCCGGUCGCGAUCGAGGCCGGAACAUCUGCCGCAGGUCUGGCUGUGGCUCUCGUACUGAUAGCUUUGGCGUUCAUACGUGUUCUGCCAUCUGGCGAACGUGUAAUCGUUGAGAGGUCUCUAACGAUUCAGUUCAUGUACAACUGGUACUUCUGGUUCAUCAAUGUUGCGUCAUUGUCUGGGAUCGCGACAACGUUCAUGGAGCGCUAUAUCGACUUCUGGGCAGCAUUCCUACUCUGUUUCUGUGCACUAUGGGUGGGAGUUAUAAUGCUUGUUAUCUGUAAGAACAGAUAUGUCAAAACACCCCCUGCAGGCUCUGUGAUGCCAAAAAUCUUGAGAGUCAUUGGUCUGGGUAUUAGAGAAAAGUUCUCACUCAGUGCUGCUGAACCAAAAACGCAGAUGGAGAAACACGCUCGUGAGGUUCCAUGGAACGAAGAGUUUGUUGAUGGUGUAAGAUCUGCUCUCGUAGCAUGCCAAAUAUGUCUUGCAUUUCCUGCUGUCUGGUUGUGCUGGGGUCAAACUUACAACAAUUUGAUCUCACAGACGGGCCAAAUGGAAACGUAUGGCAUACCCAACGAUGUCAUGCCAGCAUUUAACCCAAUCGCUUGUAUCCUCGUCGGUCCUGUCAUCCAGCAAUGGUUGUUCCCGUUACUCAAUAGACGCAAGAUGACUUUCCGUCCCAUCGCGAGAAUCUCAGUCGGGUUCUUUCCAAUGGGGGGCUCACUCGCAUGGGCUGCCGGACUACAGGCAUUCAUAUACCAUGCAAAGCCAUGUUACAGCCAUCCGUUGACCUGUUCCGGUUCUACCUCUGGCACCGAACCACAGCAGAUCAACGUUUUCCUGCAGAUACCUUGCUACGUCCUCAUGGCCGUCGGCGAAAUCUUUUGCGUCACCACUGGAUCUGAAUUCUGCUAUUCUCGAGCACCAAAGAGUAUGAAGUCGAUUGUACAGGCCCUGUUUGUGGGUACGGCUUCGAUUAGUUAUGCUCUUGGGAUUGCGAUUUCUCCUGUCGCAAAAGAUCCUUAUAUGGUUGGUUUUUAUGCUUGUUUGACUGGCGUGCAGAUUGGCAUAACCAUAAUCUUCUAG